AUGUCCGGCCAAUCUAAUCCGUUUGAUGAUCCUGCCGUUGAUGACAACAUAAAUGAGUUCAACGAGGCCCUGUUCAAUGAGUUGAACGAGGACCUGGAGCUCGACAAUUCCCUCACGGGCGGUCCGCCCGAGGAGCACGAUAUGCUGGAUAUGUACAAUCUGACGCCACGGCAACGGUUCAUCUACAACGUCAAGAAACUCGGGUACCAUAUCGUGAACGAGUACGGCGAGUUAUCCCUCUGGAAAAAGAUGCUGCUGACUAUGUGUGGUGCUGCCAUGUGCGUCACUGGCGUGCUUCUGCUUGUCUACCACAAUGCCGUGCUGGUUAAGCUCGUAGAGGUUUCCGAUGAACUCAGUUCGAAGAAGUCGACGCCAUUUAUCCUGUGCCUGCUCGUGUUCAUAGUUGGGUUCCCGCCGCUGAUUGGGUUCUCCUUCCUGUCGACGAGCACGGGACUUAUCUACGGUGUAUCCCUGCAUGGGUGGAUAAUCCUGGCAAUUGGUUCCGUCGGUGGAUCGAUCGCCUCGUUUGCGCUGUUCAAGAAUAUCCUGAGGUCCAGGGCGGAGCGGUUGUUACACAUGAACAAAAGAUUCGAGGCUUUCGCCUCCGUACUCCAGGAGAACAACAGUUACUGGCUGCUCGCCCUGUUGAGACUGUGCCCAUUCCCUUACUCGCUAACCAACGGCGCCAUCGCAAGCAUCUACGGUAUCUCUCUCAAGAAUUUCGCCAUUGCGAACGUUAUAACUUCCCCAAAGCUUCUUAUCUACUUGUUCAUUGGAUCCCGAAUCAAGAAUAUGGGGGAGACCACCUCUGCAGGCUCCAGACUGUUCGAUUUCGCCAGUAUACUCGUCACAAUCGCCGUGUUCACGUUGACCGCUUGGUUGCUAUACUUUAGGACGCAGAGACGGUACAGGGAGAUGUCCCAGACCACCACCACCGCAGCAAACCAGAACAACGGCACAGUUUCAAUAGAACCAGACUCCUUCGAGAUAUAA